GGAAUUCCUGGAUGCCAAGAGAGGACCCACGCAGCGGCGGCGGCGUUUGCGGGAGCUGCGGGAACCUUUUCGCCUCGGACUCGAUCUUCUGCCGCAAGUGCGGGCGCCGCCGCGAUGGCCAGGAGGUGCCGUCAGAGGACGAGGACCGCCAGGCCAAGCUACAGGACGUCCGCCAAAGUUUUAAAGCUGCGCUGGGUCACAUGGACGGCCCAGAGGGCUACGGCCCAGAGGGCUACGGCCCAGAGAGCUACGGCCCAGAGAGCUACGGGCCUGGAAGCUUUGGGCCGGGCCGCGCAGGUAUGGCAGCAGACCCAGACGAUGGCUACAGGAGCGAGUUUGCGCGUGAUCCCUUCCUGAGUGGGCAGUAUGAAGGAUACCAGUACGAAGCCGAGGACUUGCAUCCCGCAGCCUCGGCCAGGGAUCCUGACCCCAUGAUGUCCAUUGAUUUUCACCCAAAGCCUGACAUCAAUGAGUCGCUGCGACGGGAUGCGUUUACCCCGGGCGGUGGGAGCAUCGAGGACCCUCAGCUGAGCUUCGGCAUUCCUGGCCAAGACCCUACCGGCGAGUCUCUGAAGUCGAUGAGCAUGAACGAUUCGUUCACCAACUUCAUCAAGAAGGACUGGAACAUGGAGGACAAGUACUUCCCCAGCUCGUCCUACGACCGAGACAGCGCGCAUCAUGAAUCCAUCUCCGGGAGUCCGAUUCCAGAGCUUCCCAGUGUUCGACAGGUGCCCGUCUCCAAAUCGAGGGCCGAGGCGCGAAACGAAUGCGCAACGAUGUGAGUCGAGUCCAUGGCUCGGUGGCUCGGAGCAGCUCGGAGCAGCUCGGAGCCCGGCAGCAACCCUCUUGGUGAACCAUGCCAAGUUCCCCACAGAGGCGCUGCAUGGGACUUUUAGCUGCAACUUCUUAGCGAAGCCUGGAAGAUGGCCUUUCAACCAGCGAGAGAGCGUGCCUCAAGGGCGCGCGCAAGCCGCAUUUUAAGACUGGAUGAACG